GCAGCGGAAGUCUCCGGCGGGGCUGCUCUUCAACUUCGCCCCAGUCCGUUGUUUGUGGGUGAUGUUGGUGCCGUUAAACGACUCACGAUGCCUGUGCAGAGCCUGCCCGUCCGGGAUGCGUCCAUUCAGUUCCGUUUGCUGCAGCAGUAUCUGGUCCUGCUGAAGAAAUACCCCAUCCUCACUAAAUCCGUAACGAGUGGCAUCCUCUCAGCUUUAGGAAAUCUUCUGUCUCAGAUUUUGGAGGUGAGAAAAAAGGCCAAAAGUGGAGCCCUGGUCAGUGAGAUCGACACCACUGGAGCUGCACGCUAUGCCAUUUACGGGUUGUUUAUUACAGGACCGGUCAGCCACUACUUUUACCAGCUGAUGGAAGUGUGGAUGCCCACCACAGACCCGUACUGUAUAAUCAAACGUCUGCUACUGGAUCGGCUUUUUUUUGCCCCCGGCUUUCUGCUCCUUUUCUACUUUGUUAUGACCAUCCUGGAAGGGAAAGGGUGGGGAGAUUUUGAAAAGAAGAUGAGAGGAAGUUACUGGACUGCUUUAAAGAUGAACUGGAAAGUUUGGACUCCCUUCCAGUUUGUCAAUAUCAACUUUGUGCCUGUUCAGUUCCGCGUGCUGUUUGCCAACAUGAUUGCCCUGUUCUGGUACGCCUACCUUGCAUCUGUGAGGAAAUGAAUCUUCCUGCUGUGGCUUUUUAAGCUGUUUACCGCACUGCUGUACACCUGCUCCUGAUCGGGACGAUAAUUCUCACACACAGUAGCCUAACAAACCUGUACACUGAGUUUAAGCCAUUAUAACAUGCUGCUAUGAUACUGCGUUUGUAAUGACAACAUAAUACAUGUUUUUUUUACCGAAGCACUGUAAGAUGUAAUCUUGAUUUAUACUAUUGAAUGAUUUAAAGUGCCUUGUUACUUGUGGUGUGUGCAGGGUAUACAGCUCCACAUCUGUGGCUGAUGUAAUAUUACAGAACAGGAAAUGUGAAGACACAAUGCAAAUUCACACUUUAAAUAGUUUCUUUAUUAUUUUUUUUAAUUACCCAAAUAACAAAAUUAAAAACAUAUAUUUGUGAAAAUAAAUUUUUUAACACACCAUGUUGUCUAUAUGUGUAACAUUUGUAUUUGCCAAAAUUAAAUAUUAAACCAAAAUAAAAGUUGUAAGAUUAUAAA